AUGACUAUCAAUAACCGUACAUUCCUCUGUGUGUCUUCCUUCCAGCUGGUGGCCCGUCCAGACGUGGUGGAGAUGCACGACGUGACGGCCCAGGAGCCCAAGCUGCUGGUGCACCUGAAGGCCACCAGGAACACGGUGCCGGUGCCCCGCCACUGGUGCUUCAAGAGGAAGUACCUGCAGGGCAAGAGAGGAAUAGAGAAGCCUCCGUUUGAGCUGCCCGACUUCAUCAAGAAAACUGGAAUCCAGGAGAUGAGGGAGGCGCUGCAGGAGAAGGAAGACGCCAAAACCAUGAAAACCAAAAUGAGGGAGAAGGUUCGCCCCAAGAUGGGAAAGAUCGACAUCGACUACCAGAAGCUGCACGACGCCUUCUUCAAAUGGCAGAUCAAACCCAAGCUCACCAUCCACGGAGACCUCUACUACGAGGGAAAAGAGUUUGAAACUCGUCUGAAGGAGAAGAAGCCGGGAGAUCUCUCCGAUGAGCUGCGCAUCGCUCUGGGCAUGCCGGUCGGACCUAACUCCCACAAGGUGCCCCCCCCCUGGUUGAUCGCCAUGCAGAGGUACGGCCCCCCUCCCUCCUACCCCAAUCUCAAGAUCCCCGGACUCAACUCCCCCAUCCCAGAGAACUGUACGUUUGGUUAUCACGCCGGGGGCUGGGGGAAGCCGCCCGUAGACGAGAUGGGCAAACCUCUGUACGGGGACGUGUUCGGGACCAAUGCUAUAGACUUCCAGGCCAAAGCGGAGGAGGAGGAGGUGGAUCACGCGCCGUGGGGAGAACUGGAGCCUUCAGACGAGGAGUCAUCGGAGGAAGAGGAGGAAGAGGAGAGCGACGAGGAGAAGCCGGACGAAACUGGGUUCUUCACACCGGCAGACAGUGGGCUCAUCACCCCCGGGGGCUUCACGUCGAUCCCUGCCGGCAUGGAGACGCCCGAGCUGAUCGAGCUGAGGAAGAAGAAGAUCGAGGAGGCCAUGGACGGAAACGAGACCCCUCAGCUGUUCACGGUGCUCCCGGAGAGACGCACGGGCCCCGUAGGCGCCGCCAUGAUGGCUUCCACUCACAUCUACGACGUGUCGGGGGUAAGAACUGUCUCUUGUAUGAUAGCUUGUGCGUGUAGGUUUGUAGAAAUGUCCUAACAAAAUCAACUUCCA